AGUUCCGCAGGUGAAGGAUCUCCACGUCAGUCUCAUUUACAUCACAUGAAAAACUUUUGUCUUCAAAGUAUAUCAACAGCUUUGUGGGAGUGCUAGUGAUCGGUAUCCUCAUCACAAUUAUUUUGCUGAGUUGCCACAGUUAUUGUAGCGUCCCAUAGGAUGGCAGCAGCAACUCAGGAGUCCGCUUUGGAGUAUGAUUUUCUCUUCAAAAUAGUUUUGAUUGGAGAUGCUGGUGUUGGCAAAACGUGUGUUGUGCAGCGCUUUAAAUCAGGGAUUUUCGUGGAAAAACAAGGCAACACAAUUGGUGUAGAUUUCACAAUGAAAUCUUUGGAGAUUCAAGGGAAACGUGUUAAGUUACAGAUCUGGGACACAGCAGGGCAGGAAAGGUUUCGGACCAUCACACAGAGCUACUACAGAAGUGCCAAUGGUGCCAUUAUUGCAUAUGACAUCACAAAGAGGUCAUCUUUUGAGUCUGUGCCACGCUGGAUUGAUGAUGUUAAGAAAUAUGCUGGUUCUAACAUUGUAAAGUUAUUAAUUGGUAACAAGUCUGAUCUUGGCAAUUUAAGAGGAAUUCAGCUGGAAGAAGCGAAAACACUGGCCCGUCACUUUGAUAUAAUUGACACCAUUGAGACCUCAGCAAAGGACUCGAGCAAUAUAGAAGAGGCAUUCUUGAAAAUGGCCACAGAGUUGAUGAUGAGGCAUGGUGGUCCCAUGAUCAAUGAAAAGGCCACAGACAGCAUCCAGCUUUCUAGUAAAGAUGUAUCUGAAGGCUGGGGAUGUGGAUGUUAAUGAGAAAUAAUACACAGCAAUUCUUUUGCAACAAGACUAUAAACUGUUGUUCAUGUUCCAGGACCAAAUUUUGGUAGCAGUUAGAAACCUGGCUGUUGUGCUCUUUGUAAAUCAGUCCAGUGUGAGAUACUGAUUCGGAUGUUCUCAGUUUUGGUGUAUAUCUGCAACCUGAUGUGACCAAGAGAACUUAAUUUUUGCACAAUAAUAACAGAGGACAAUUCCAGAUGCCUUACACUUAGCAGUUAGAGUGCUGUGGCUGUUAUAAAGCAUAUGACAACAGAUUACCAUGGAGAGCUUUUUGGAUCUGGACAUGAAAUCAGAACUGGUAACUACCAGGAACAUGGUGUGACAGCCAUAGUUUAUUCUGUUAUUCCAUUUUUUACUAAUCAGAUUGUUCUUGGGAACAAUUUGUAUUUUAAAAACACUAGGAAUGUAAGUUCUGGAAGCCCCAUGCUCCUUUUUGCACUUCUCAGUUCACCUGCAGUAAGAAGAAGGGGUGAAAAAAAGAAACAUUUACAGAGGGAAUGAGAAAAGUAUUUAUACAUGAGCAUUUAACAGCAGAAUACACUUAGCGUAUCUCCGAUGCUGCUUGUAUCCCAUUUUUAUUUGUCAGAAAAUGCCUUGUCUAACUUCUGAGUAAUACUGACUAGAUUAGUAUACGUGCUUUGGUGCUAAUCCUUACAUAGCUGGACAGUUGAUUGUGGCUGCUGUACCUCACCAAACCCUCUUAAGAUUCCCCUUUUUAAAAAAAAUAAAAUUAUGUCAUUUA